CGGAAACUGUUUAUUUUCCAGCCAAAAGGCGGAAACCACUCGUACACCUAUUCCAUUAUAAUAUUUAUUUAUUUUUGAAGCAUCUUCCUCGCUGCAUAUAAUUAUUUAUUAUUUAUGAAAAAAAAUGUAAAAACUCGUGAAAAUUGUGUGCGUAAUUUGUAUGAGGGUGUGUGUGUUUAUUUGUUUUGGCUGAGAAAAUGACCAACGCCACUUUUGCUUUGUUGUGUGUGUGUGAAGAUGAUGAUGAUGAGGAAGCAGUCAAACAAAAUAUUUUAAUGAAAUAUGUUGUUGUUGCACUUGCGGCACGUCAUAGUUGACAGCUUUUUAUUAUUGCGGGAACACGAAAGCAAAGUGGCAAACCGAUAGCUUUAACUAGAGGGCAAAUAGACCAAGAAGAAAUAGCGACGAAACUAAUACGUUGAGUGGCAAGCCAAAGCAAAUAGUAAGCAGCGUGGAAAUUCACAGAGAACUAUUAAUUUAUGGCGCCAAAGCAGCAGUGUCAAAUACAAAAAUGAAGUUGGUGCAAAAGAAAAUAAAAUAAAAAACAAAAAUAAUAAAUAGUGUGAAAAACGUGUGAAUUUUGUUUGUGUUUGUUUUUUCAGCGCCGCUUAACAGCCAAAUCAUCAGCUGGAAAGACAGCGGAAGGCAAAAUUUUGUGGAAAAUUUUUGGUGCAAGUUGUGUUAAAUUAACAAAUAUACGCAAUCAAUUGAAAAAAAAAUAUAUACUCAUGCUGACCGUUAACUAUAUUUUACUCGAAAAUAGCAAACAAUUUUAUAGCAACUUGUAAGCAGUAUUAAAGAUUUGUGCGGUAGCAAAUAAAAACGAAAAGAAAAGUAUCUUUAAAUCAUCUCUAACUUUAGUACAACCACCGUAUGCAACACUGUGCAUGCCGACAAAGCGUAGAGCACCAAGUGUAGUGCGCCAACAGUAAGAAUUUCGUGAUGCCAUCUUGGCCAAGCGCCUUAAUUACCACUAAAAACUGAAACUAAUGCCGAAGACGCGUUAAAAAAAUCAAUAAAAACAACUUAAAAGCUUUUCAGUCAUUUUAUAUGAGAGUAAAAUAUGCGCAGCGCUGCAACGGACAACAAAAACAACAAACAGCAAUAAUAUAUGAACGAUCAAAAGUAGAGCAACUAUGCGGGAAACCUGAUGCGGGAGACCGUUGCAAGCGAUUGAUUUGUGGCGUCAAGCGGUUAGUAGCUAGCAGAUAACAACAACAACAAAAACAUAUAACGGAACAAAAACAAUCUACAACGACUCCGAAUUUCACCACACCCAACAAACAAAUCGCUUCAAUUGAACGUAACCCCUCUGUACUCAUUUCUCCGCCGGCACUGCAACAUCCAAGCGGCUGCGCAGCGCCACGUCGAACGCUAAAUGAUUGGCACAGAUGAGAUGUCAUCCACUGGCAUGGAUAUAAGUGAAACAUUUCGCGCGGAGGAGCUGACUAAAACGGAUUUCUUCGACUUCGUCUCGGCGCCCGAUAUGGGCAUUGGUAUCGGUGUCGGCGCCGAUGUGGUCGACAUCGGUAUGGGUGUGGGUAGUCUGCAUGCGGGCAGCAUAAGCACCAACACACAUCAGCAUCAUGCGCAACAACAACAACAGCAUACGCAUCAUCAACAGCACAGUCACCAGCAGCAGCAGCAUGCGCAUCAUCAACAACACAGUCAUGAGCAAAGCAAUAACUUAGCCAGCAGCAUGCCACAUGAUGGGGGUGGUGGUGGUGCUGGUGGCACCGGCAGUGGGAGCGGUUGUAUUGGUGGACGUGUCGGCACACCAGGUAACGGCAGCAGUUGCAUAGAUGGCUCGGAUGGUAACAGUAAUGGCAACAGUAGUGAUCCAACAUUGCAGGGCUAUGAGUUCUGGCACACCGACAAGGAUCCCACUGGCCGUCUGGAUGCCACCAUUUUUGAGGACCUCGAUCGCUAUUGUUGGCAACAACAGGCUGUUGUGAAUGCAGCGGCGUCACCGGUGCCCACAACGGCGGCCACACAUCAGCAUCGCUCCACACCCGCUAACAGCCUGCAGCACAACUCGCAUCUGCAUAGCCCAGCAUCGCCAAAUCAAACGCAUACACACCAACAGCAACAACAACACCUACAUCAUCAGUCACCACAUCAGCAUAUGCACACGCAGCAACAACACCAACAACAGUCAGCCGCCAUCCAUCAUACGCAACGACAAAUGUCACUUAACAAUAGCAGUUCCUGUGCACAAAGCGCCAAUCAAGUUGCCACCAACAGCAACAAUAAUGCAACAAAUAGUAACACAUCACUCAGCCACAACCACAAUAGCAGUAAUAACAACAACAAUAAUAGUAACGCCAGCAACGGUAAUGACAACACGAGUAUGACGGUGGACAACAGCGACGGUCAAAUCUACACCAUCACAGUAUUAAAUGGCAAUGAGCCGUGGCUGAAGCGUGAGCCCGAGAACUCCGCUGCCCAACUGUCCAAUACACUGGAUCUGGACAGUCUGCUCGGCAGCUUUCCGGGUUAUAUAAAAUCAGAGUAUCCCUAUGAUGAAAGUCCGGCUGGUUAUGGCACGGCUGAGGGCAACGGCAGAGAUGGCAAUGUUGCAGGUGAUAUGGUGAAUGGAUUGGGUAUGGGCGCGGGGACUGCAACGGGUCUGCAUGGUGGCAAUAGUGGGAGUGGUGUGGGGAAUAGUCAGCGUCUGCCUUCACUGGUGACGGCCAUUUCAUUGGCUAGUGGUGGUGUUGGUGGCAUGGGCGGUGUCGGGAGUCCGUCCCACACGCAAUUGGCACAAUUUCAAAACAAUAACAACGACUGGCAUAUGGCGGACCACAACGCUGAGCAGAACUCCGCUGAGUCCUUGUUGCGUAGCGCACUGCAAGGAAAAGGUUAUUCCAAAGGCAUACAUAUGCAAAAUGGCAUUGCACUUAUGCCCUCCUCACCCACCGUGAAGGAGGAGGAAAUGCGACGGCUACUCUUUCCACCCGAUGCGGACACGCUCUCUUUCGGCGACUCAGCGCUCAGCGCGGCCCAAAUGUUUGAGGACACACAUCCCUCGCAACUGGUUGGCAGCCAACAUCCCAAUGGGGGUGUUAACAGCGCAGGCGUGUCCAGUCUCAUGGUUGACGAUAUGUUCCUAUCACUAGAAAGUGCCUUCAGCGACGACUUCGAAAAGAUCAAACGCAUCGCAAACGAAGUGCAACAAUUCUGUUCGCCCACAUCGAGCGCCGAUUAUGGCGCCAACGACGUGUUGAUGCAGAUAUCGCCGGCAGGUGGCGCUAGCGCUGGUAGCACUGUGCAGCAACUGCAGCAGCAGCAACUACUCUCACCAGCAACAACGCCAACGAGUAUGCAGCAGCAACAACAACAACUAUCGCCAUUACCACAAGCUGCUAUGCCAGCGCUUCACAUGACCCAGCAACAGACAGUGGGGCAGCAACAAGCGCGCGUUUUGCACGCACAACAACAACAUGUAGCUAGCGGCAAAUCAAGCGCGGUUACGAGCAGCAGCAGUGGCGGCACCAGCAGCAACAGCACUACCAAAGUGACGAAGAAGUACAAGCGCUCCACCUCGAGUACGCAACAUCACAAUAAUAACAACAACAACAACAACAAUCCAAAUAUUACGAAUCACAACAACAGCGGCACAGGAAGUGGCAGCAAUGUUGCCUCAGCGGGCAGUGGUGCAGCGAAUAGCACGAAUGGCCCGGCCAGCGGUGGCUCGAGCUCGAGCACCAGCAGCAACAGUCCCACCCACUGUAAUGGGCAGCGCAAAGAGCGCUCGCUACACUAUUGCUCCAUCUGUUCGAAGGGCUUCAAGGACAAAUACUCAGUGAACGUCCACAUACGCACACACACCGGCGAGAAGCCCUUCACCUGCUCGCUCUGCGGCAAAAGUUUCCGCCAGAAGGCGCAUCUGGCCAAGCACUACCAGACGCAUAUGGCGCAGAAACACAACGGUGGUUUGGUGAAAAGUAGUGGGGGCAGCGGUGGUGGUAGCAACGCGAGCAAGCAUCAGCGUGCAGCGGCGGCAGCGGCUGUAGCCUCAGCGCAAUCAGCGAAUAGCAUCGGUGGCAGCGGCGUUGGCAUGUCGAUUGUGCCGAAUAGUUGCGCGGGCAGUGUGGUGGCAGCAGCUGUGCAUCAGCGGCAGCUAAAUGUGGCAACAUCACUGGGCUUGGGCGCCGGUGCGCGUGCUGUUGCCGGCGGUGUGGUGUCCACUGUCGCCGUAGGUGGCCCGAUGAACGUACCGACGCUAAGCGCUGUGAAUGCCAAUGUCUUGCCACCGGCGAAUGGCCUGCUGGCGAAUCGGUAAAAGUAUGUAUAUAUGUAGACAUAUGUGUUGUAGCCCUUUAGCAGUUUAAUGUAUGUAUUUGUUUUCACUUACUUAAAUAUAAAUAUCUUGUUCCUAAUACUCAAUACGAAUACUCCUAUGCACAAAACCAGCUAUUGCCACACACUCGUGUACAAAUAUCACGGUACAAAUGUGUGUGUACUCACAUAACGCUGCUACUAGUUUCCCUUUAUUUCUGUUAACUUAGUCUUACUCUUAAAUAUACAUAAAAUACUUUAGAAACUACUUCUACUCAUCAAAGUGCCUAAAUACUUCAAUGAACAUCCUAUAUACUCAGUCAUGUGUGUUCUACUUUACACUCAUAUGACUUCCAACUCAUCGAAUUUAUUCGCACAUUCCUAUAAAUAUACUUAAAUAGAUACAUAUAUACUCAAAUUGAAAUUGAAUUCAAAAUAUAAUUUAUUGUUACCGUCUCGAUUCAAAGCUGUUAACUCUUUGUUACAACUCAAACCCGACCCGCUUUUUAAAUAGCUAUUUUUUUAUAAUUAUAUGAAAAUUACCCUUUUUUCAGAAGACUCUUUAGAAAUUUAUUAAUUUAUAUUCUUUUUUUUUAAUAAAUAUAUAUUUUUAUAGAACUAAGUGGUGUUUAAAAAAUUAUUAAAAAUUAAAAUAAUUUAAAUGUGGCCAAAAAUAAAUAUCCAGUUUGUAAUUUGUUAUUUGAUUGGCUCUUAAAUGUAGGCCACAUUUAAUUUCUACCGUUUAAUUAAGUAAACGUUGCCUACAUUUAGGAUGAUAACGAGACAAGAAAAGAAAGUGUGGAGAAAAUUAAAAUGCAUAAUUUUUCGAAAAUCUAUUUGAUAAAAACAAAAUAGAUGAUUGCUCUGCUAGAUAGCUUUUCUAAAAAAAUUGGGUUUGCCAAAAAUCUUCUGAAAAAUUCUAUAAAAUCCCAUACUUGGCUACAAAUUUAGAAAAAAAAUACCAAAGGGUAUUGGUACUCCAAAUUUUACUAUUUUUGGUCACCAUAAUCAACCUUGCUCCUAAUAUAAUAUAUGACAUAUUUACACACUUCAUGGUAGUUUUUCACACAAAUCAGAUAAUGACAGCAAGCAUUGUGUGUCUUCGCAUCGAUCAUGUUGAAAUGGCGAUUAAUCACUGUUUCUGAAAAUUAAUCAAUCAAUUAAAUGUCGAUUGUCCAUUAACACUUCUCUUUUGUCUAAUUCGAUUUGCCUAAAACAAUGUUAGUCAGUCGCUCAAAUGAAUAUUGAGCAAUCAAACUAAACAUUACAAAUACAAAAAUCUGUGAAGAAAACCAUUUUUCAUUAUUGACCAAUACACAAAUUUUGCUUUGUCUCAUUUUAAAUGUAAAUCAAUAGUCAUAAAUAGCAAAUUAAUAAUACGCAUUCAUUCGAAUAAAUACGCAAGCAAGUUGGCAACACUUCAAAUCAGCAAUCAAUUAGUGGGCGAUUAAUCAACGAAUAAAAGCGUGCCGCUUUUCGUGGCUGCUAUAAAAUCGUACCAAGACACCUUAGGCUAAAAAAUGAUCAAAUCAUAAAUGAGUGAA